UGUAAUAAACCAAAGUAAUUGGGGCGAAGCCCAAGGUAGCAGAAGCCACUGAUUUCCUGUCACCUGGUAGCUAUCAGAGAUCCCAGGCCCGGCCCAUCUCACUCACCCGCUGUGUACUUGAGAAAGAAGCAGCGGAACUGAACACAGCAGCAGGCAUCCAAAUCAGCCCUUGAGCCCCAAGGCCUUGGAGACUCAGGAGUUUUGAGAGAGAAAUGACAACACCCAGAAAUUCAAUGAGUGGAGCUUUCCCAGCAGAGACUGUGAAAGGCCCUGUUGCCAUGCAUCCUACUCAAAAAGGACUUCCUAGGAGGAUGCCUUCUGUGGUGGGCCCGACGCAAAGCUUCUUCAUGAGGGAAUCUAAGGCUUUGGGGGCUGUCCAGAUUAUGAAUGGGCUCUUCCACAUUGCCCUAGGCGGCCUGCUGAUGACCCACUUGAAGGUCCAUGCACCCAUUUGUAUAACUGUGUGGUACCCUCUCUGGGGCGGCAUUAUGUUCAUCAUUUCUGGAUCGCUCCUGGCAGCAGCAGAGAAAAACCCCAGGAACAGUUUGGUCAAAGCAAAAAUGAUAAUGAACUCACUGAGCCUCUUUGCUGCCAUUUCUGGAAUAAUUUUAUUGAUCAUGGACAUAUUUAAUAUUACAGUUUCCCAUUUUUUUAAAAUGGAGAGUCUGAAUCUUAUUAAAGUUCCCACGCCAUAUAUGAACAUACACAACUGUGAACCAGUAAACCCCUCUGAGAAAAACUCUCUAUCUAAUCAAUAUUGUGACAGCAUACGAUCUGUGUUCUUGGGCAUUUUUGCAGUGAUGCUGAUCUUCGCCUUCUUCCAGAAACUUGUGACAGCUGGCGUUGUUGAGAAUGAAUGGAAAAAACUGUGCUCCAGACCCAAAGCUAAUGUAGUUCUCCUGUCAGCUGAAGAAAAAAAGGAACCGGCAAUAGAAAUAAAAGAAGAAGUGGUUGAGAUGACUGAAGUAUCUUCCCAACCAAAGAAUGAAGAAGACAUUGAAAUUAUUCCGGUCCAAGAGGAAGAAGAAGAAGCAGCAGAAGUAAACUUUCCAGAACCUCCCCAAGAUCAGGAAUCCUCACCAAUAGAAAAUGAUAGCAUCCCUUAAACUAGUUUUUCUGUUUUCUGCUUCCUUUUUUUUUUAAGCAUUAGUGUUCAUAGCUUCCAAGAGACAUAUCUACCCCCCUUUCUUGAGGCACUCUGCAUGUAUUCUCCACCUCUCUCUCUGAUCUUUGCAUGGGCUUGCCACAGCUCCCUCUCCCUUGUUCAGAGAAUACAGCCACUGCAGCAGAUUUUGUCUUCAUGUUUCUUGUUUGCAGCACCUUUCUUACGUUAAACAAAAGCAGAAGAAAUGCUGCAGAAUGUGAUUUCUCACUAGCCUUUUCCUUGGAGAAGGCUUUGUAGUAAUAGCAAUAGUAGUAGUUUUUUUCAUUUCUUCCCUCUGCAACAGGGAGAGUGCACCUUUUGAAAAAGAUAAAUGACUGCUCCACGCCAUCCCUAAACUAUCUGUAAUUCCUUCCACAUCUACAUUUUUGGUGGAGUCCCUUUUGCACCAUUGUUUUAAGGAAAGUAAAUAAUAAUAAUAAUGAGGUGCAAUAAAGAACCUAUUCCAUCUGUCUUUCUAUGGGGCUGACACCACGGCAUAUUCUUAGAGCCUCCACAUCCCAUCAGGGAAGCUCUAAGUGGCCAAUACUCAACCCUUUCUUUGUACAAACAGCACAGCUUAUCCAUGGACAUGUCUCUAUCUGUCUUAACUUCCCUAACUCCUGCUCUAGGCUCUUAAGUCUACCUACUUUUAGCCUUUAGGCAAAAGAAUAAAGAAUGAAAGAAAAAUGCCGUAAUGAGUACCUAAAUCUCAAAUGAUAAUCAACAUUUGUAUUUAUAGAAUAUUUUCCAGUUCACAAAGUAUUUUAUCAAAUAAUUGCAUUUGAUCUUCCAUGAUCAGGAAAAAAAUCCCUAUCCCUCUUUUACAAAUGAUUCAGAGUCUAAGUAACUUGUAAAUAAAUAAAGGUAAUUUGUCAAUGGUCA